CACAACAUCAUGGCGGCGUACGUGCUGAACAAAAACACCGCACACUUUUACCCACGAAGAUAAGCAAUCGGAUAAUGACAAACGAUUCAAUUUGCGUUUAAAUGGUCAAGUCAAAUGAUGAACAAGAAAACUGACGUCGAAAUAUGCCAAAUCCAAGAAAGCACGACCAUAACACUGGCUCAAAUGACUUAAGUGAAAUCUGGAGUCAUGGUUCCACAUUUUCACAAAAAAGGCUGAGAACAAACAAAUCGCGUAAAAGUCAGAAACUGACUCCCCAAUCUUCACCUUCUGUCAGGAAGUCACCACAUACACGGUCUAAAGAUCUGGAGACCCCCAAACGACGAGCGAGGGGCAGAUACACGGGCUUAAACAACACUGCUGAUUCCCCCGGGGAUGGAGAUAUUGUACAAGACAUUAUAUGGGACCCGGCGUCACCUACUCCUGCUAGAAGUGGCGAAGGGCCCGGCAACACCAGAGUCGUUGAGAUAUCAGACAUUGUCAAUCGGAUCGCCCCUAAGGAUGCCCAGCAUGUCUCUGUGGAUAGUCCUCUGCUCCAGUGGAUUGGGGACAGUGCUGUCCCAUGUACCCCAGAGGUACGCCCGCCCAAAGCAAGGAAGAAAUCCACUCGGAAAAGCUCAGUGGAGGACUUGAUGCAGCUGGCCAGGCAGUUUGACAUCAACAUGCACCAGCAGGACCGAGAGAAGAGGAGCGCUGAACACACAAACAAUACCAUAAACAACAACCGCUACGGGGAGGAACCCAAGGGCCCGACGAUGUCGUCAUCAGCCCAGCAGGUAGAGGCGGAGCUUAACGCUCUGUUCGACGGGCCGACGCAGCGAGUCACCGGACGGCUCAGCCAAGGGUCGACCGCCUCCACCUGUUCUCAGGAGGUCAAGGUUCAAGUUGGGGUCAGCCAUCUCACUGCCGAUGACCUCGUCAAAGAGUCGGAAGUCAAGCCUGGCGGGGGAAGCACGUCUGGUUCAUCGGCUCGUACUGGUAAAGAGGAAGUGGGACAGUGGAACGCCACGACGACUGUGGCGAAAGACGAGGACUUUGACUGGGAGGAUGAUGACCUUCUCAAUGACCCUAUCGUGUUGGAGAUGACCCAGAAUCCCGAGGGGCUGAAAACGCUGUCCCCCAAACCCAGCAGCUCACUGACUCUGAGCACUGACAGAGACCACACACAGCUGCUGACAGAUACAGAAAAGACCCUACCACCCUCCUCUACUACCUCUAAUCCUAUCAGCCUGCCCUCUCACUCUGUCUGGAAGGGGACAAGCACACACCUUCAACCCUCAAACAGAGGUGGCCUCACUGGGCCAUGUCCUAAACACAAGCCCACCAUCAGAAGCACUUUCCUGCUGGAGCCCAACCUUUGUUUCCAGGUGAAUAUGGCUCCGACAACCAAAGAAGCCCUCAGACCGUUACUCACUGAUGGAGAGGUCCAGCCUGAGAGACCCAGGCCCGGCGUGUCUGCGGCUGUGGGGAGUAAGGGCCCCAGUAGAGACUCUGCAGAAGAGAAGGCUGAUGGAGUGAGCACAGCCACAACUCCAACCUCACGUGGAACCACAGCCCCAGACUCCGCUUUCAAAGACCUCUCAGAGGAGGACCUCCAGUCCCUGUUUGACUCUGAGUCGCUUUGGAACGAUGACGAAGGUGACUAUGACGAACUGCUGUAUCAGGUGUGUGACGACGUGGAGAGGAUCUCCAACAGUCAGCCCGUGUCCGAGGAUACCACUGAGGUCCGCCUCCAAGAGAGCAAACCGAAAGCUCCUCCAUCCACCCCUCUGGCUGCAAUGAGAGAGGGGACUAUGACUAUGGAUAGGGCUGUAGGCGGUCCUAGCAGUAAACAGUCAACCACCUGCACGUCUGGCCGCUCCAACUCAGCACCAGGAGAUGGGAGCAGCACCCUUGUGCACUUUCAGAGAUGGAACAUUCCAGCGAAAGCAGGAAAUGUUUGGGUCGGACAUCAUACAAUCACGUCCCAGAGCCAUCCAGGCAGCGGGGAGGGUCUGGGCAAGUUUACCCAGCUGAAGGGUGCUCCAGCCUGGGGAACAUUUGGCCUAGGAUCCCUUGGAGUUAGAACCUUCCAAGAGGAGAACUCAAAGUCGGUCAUGCCACGGACAGUGUCGGCGAGAACCCUCCCAAACUCAAAUUCCCAUCAUGCGUCAUCGUUCAAGAGACAUCUGUCGGACUCGGCCGCCAUCGGCAACAAAGUGUUUGUCAACAGUCAGCUGACGGGGAGAUGCACGGAGGAGGAGAUUGAGAGGAAGAAGCAGGAGGCCAUAGCCAGAAGAAGGACCAGAGAAACCUCCCUAAAAGCAGGGGGACUUCCUCUGUGACUCAACAAUGGGACACUAGAUUAAUACACAGUAAACCAGACUAUCUAUAGAAUAGCUAUCCUAUGCUAGGUAGGUACCAUAAACAUGUAUCACUGUUUCUUCACAGAACACUGUCGGUGCUACUAGAACGGUUUUGCGUUACGGAGCUAUACUGCUACAUGCACACACACACACACACGCACACACACACACUUGAGAGCUGCUGCACUUUUUUAGUUGCUUAUAUUCUCACUGUUGUUCUUUCUGGAGGUCACUGAGAAGUUGAGUAGAAUAUACAACAGCAACACUAUCAGGAGUCACAGCAAACGGUUGGCUUGUAAAUGCCUUUACGGCACCUCAAAGGGAGAUUUGGGUCACUUUUUGUUGUUGUUGUUGUUUACACGUCUGUUGACAUUCCAAGUAGAUAAUGAGUCGUCUUGAUGAGCAAUGUGGAGAUCUAAUUCUACUGUCUUCCAAUAGUAUCUCUCAGAUAAACUAUAGGUCCACAA